UCCGUCCCGGCGCCGCCAUUUUGGAGCUCCGGAUGAGGAGGGGGAACGCGGGGAAAAAGAGGGGAAAGAACGGGAAAGAGGUGGGCAAGAACGAGGGCAAGGGCACGGUCGGGCUCCUGGCCGGCCAAAGGAGGCUCGCGGAAGCAGCAGCCGCCGCCCAACCGCAGAUAUGGAAGAAAGCAGCAGUGUUGCCAUGUUGGUGCCAGAUAUCGGGGAACAGGAAGCGAUAUUGACUGCUGAAACAGUCAUCAGCCCGUCACUAGAAAUUGGUGAACGAAGAAGAGCUAAGACAGACCCAUUAAUCCAUGUUAUCCAGAAGCUAAGCAAGAUAGUGGAACAUGAAAAGUCCCAAAAAUGUCUUUUAAUUGGGAAAAAACGCUCACGUUCAAGUGCUGUACCACGGUCCCUUGAAACCCAAGAACUUUGUGAGAUUCCCACUAAAGUAACCCAGUCACCUGCUACGUAUAUGAGAAGUCCUACAGUGUCCCAUACAAGUUUUAUCCCUGACUCUCUUGCCCAGAACGAUGGGAAGGCAAUGUCUUACCAGUGUAGCCUUUGCAAGUUUCUGUCAUCAUCUUUCUCUGUAUUAAAAGAUCACAUUAAACAGCACGGUCAACAGAAUGAAGUGAUAUUAAUGUGCUCCGAGUGCCAUGUUACAUCUAAAAGCCAAGAGGAACUUGAAGCUCAUGUAGUAAAUGACCAUGAAAAUGAUACGAACCCUCUCACCCAUUCCAAAGCCCAGCAGUGCAUAAGCCCUUCCAACCCCUUGUGCCAGAAAAUCAUUGGAAGAAAUAAUGAAACCAUUGCUGACAUCCCAGUAAAUGUGGACAGUCCACAAACUCAGACUGUCCAGCCUGCAUCCAUGGCCGAAAUGGGUCGGAGGAAAUGGUAUGCAUAUGAGCAGUAUGGCAUGUAUCGAUGCUUGUUUUGUAGUUACACUUGUGGCCAGCAGAGAAUGUUGAAAACACAUGCUUGGAAACAUGCUGGGGAGGUUGAUUGCUCAUAUCCAAUCUUUGAAAAUGAAAACGAGCCUCUCGGCUUGCUGGAUUCCUCAGUGGCUGCCGCAUCUAGUGGGGUAGAUGCAGUCGUCAUUGCGAUCGGAGACAAUGAGCUGAGUAUCCACAAUGGGCCAUCCGUUCAAGUGCAGAUUUGCAGCUCAGAGCCCUUAUCGUCCUCAUCUCCUUUGGGGAGGAACACAGAAGCAGCCGUGCGCCUAAGUCAGCCAAUUUCCCUUGACCCGAGUGAGGAAGAAAUGCUGGAAGUGAUCUCUGAUGUGGAGGAGAAUCUGAAUGCCGACAGCCUGCUUUCCUCAGCACAGAAAAUCAUUAGUAGCAGCCCAAAUAAAAAAGGCCACGUGAACGUGAUAGUGGAGCGAUUACCAAGUGCCGAAGAAACUCUUCCACAAAAACAUUUUCUCAUGAAUGCUGAAAUUGAAGAGGGCAGUAACUUGAGCCCUACAAAAGCCCAGAUUGGGGGUGAAGUGACGGAUGAGGUUUAUCAUGCCGAUAAAUGUACUUUUGAUAUUGGGGGGUUGAUCAUAGGCUGGAGCACUCCAGAGAAGAAAGAUGGUGAGUUCAUAAAUAAAGGACUGGCCACUGAUGAGAAUGCCCCACCAGGCCGAAGGAGGACAAACUCUGAGUCUCUUAGACUUCACUCAUUAGCUGCCGAAGCCCUGGUCACAAUGCCAAUAAGAGCUGCAGAGGUAACACGAGCGGGCCUUGGGCACUAUGGAGACAUAGACCGAUUAGAACCAGACACUGGACAGAGGCAAGUAGAUGGUCCGUUGGCAGCAUAUUCUAAAAUGACAUCGCCACUUAAAACCUCUUCAGACGGAGUGACCACUUUUAACCCAGGCAACGCUACCUUGGUGGAGCUUCCAGAGGAUAGGCAGGAAUUGUCAGAUGGGCAAGUGAAGAGCGGCAUCAGCAUGUCCUUACUCACUGUCAUUGAAAAGCUGAGGGAAAGGACAGACCAAAACGCUUCUGAUGAUGACAUUUUGAAAGAGCUACAGGACAAUGCCCAGUGCCAACCCAACAGCGACCCGAGUUUGUCAGGAAGCAACAUGGUGGAAUACAUCCCUACUGCGGAUCGACCCUACCGCUGCCGCCUGUGUCACUACACCAGCGGUAACAAGGGCUACAUCAAGCAGCACUUGCGAGUCCAUCGCCAGAGACAGCCAUAUCAGUGUCCCAUCUGUGAGCACAUAGCUGACAACAGCCAGGAUCUGGAGAGCCACAUGAUGAACCACUGUAAAACCAGAAUAUACCAGUGCAAGCAGUGUGAAGAGUCUUUUCAUUAUAAGAGUCAACUGAGGAAUCAUGAGAGAGAGCAACACAGUCUUCCAGAUACCUUGUCAGUAGCAACUUCUAAUGAGCCAAGCCUUUCCAAUGAUCCAACAGAAGGAAAAUGUGUUCAGGAAGGGAAUAAGUCUUCAGUCCAGAAACAGUAUAGAUGUGAUGUGUGUGAUUAUACAAGCACAACAUAUGUUGGUGUCAGAAACCACAGACGAAUCCAUAACUCUGAUAAGCCAUACAGAUGCUCUUUGUGUGGGUAUGUAUGCAGCCAUCCCCCGUCUCUGAAGUCUCAUAUGUGGAAGCAUGCAAGUGACCAAAAUUAUAACUAUGAACAAGUAAACAAGGCCAUUAACGAUGCAAUUUCACAAAGUGGCAGAGUUCUGGGGAAAGGACCUGGAAGGACUCUAUUACACAGCAAUGAAGAAAAAGCCGAUGCCACCACUGGAAGUUCAGAACAUGUCGUGUCCUCCUCAGAGGUGCUUCCCCAGGCUCCCAGUGAGAAGGAGAAACUGAACCCAACAAGUACUACCUCAUAUAGUUUAGAGAAACACUCCACUCCUGCCCCUCCUGGUCUGGAAUACUGCGUUUUACUCUUCUGUUGUUGUAUUUGUGGCUUUGAAUCAACCAGCAAAGAGAAUCUCAUGGAUCACAUGAGAGAGCAUGAGGGUGAGAUUGUAAACAUCAUCCUAAAUAAGGACCACAACGCAGCUCUGGACACAAAUUAGAUGG